AUGACCAACUCUGGCUUGGAGUUCUUCCCCCAUCGGUAUGAAUCCCGCACAUCUCAUGUCGCCUAUAGGUCGGAAUCCUGGCUUGAUUUCUUCCAUGGAGUCACUGACGAAAAAAGGCGACGUAGGAAAGAAACGCCGAAUGAUACGCGAAAUGCUCCACGGAUGUUGGCGUUCCCACAUCGAUCCCGAUGCCUUGAGCAGCCGACCGUUCGCAGCCGAAACCAUCGUUCCCUCACCAGCUAG